AUGUUGAUGGACAUCAAAUGGACGCCUCAAUUAACUGCUAAAUGGCAAUCCUUUUAUGAUAAUGCUGCUCGUGAUGUUAUAUUUGGCCGAAGCCCUUUUGUUAAAAUCGAAACGCUCGCUACAUUACCCAGCUAUCAAGAUUUAGAACCUAUACAAUGCAAUUGGGCAAGUCGUCAAAAGGCAUCUGUUCUUUUUGUAAUGGUUACAUUAAUUGCGAAGAAAACACUGGUACAUUUUUAA